CUCCGAGUGGCCUCAUUCUUUAUCGAUACUCGCCAAUUCUUAUUGUCGGUGUACUUGGAACGGUGAGCCCGGUUGAGGGUUUAUCGUGCUUUGUGCAUCCUCCUUCACUGCAAGCAGGUCCAAUCUGUCUGAGCCAUGUCCAGCCCGUUUUAGAGAUCAUUCUAUUGAAGAUGGUACAAACCAGACAGUCCUCGCAGAAAUUCGCGGGGCGCGUUGCCAAUGGCGAUGCUAAUGGAACCGCCAAUGGCCACAUGAAUGGCCACGCCCUCACCUCAAGCGUCGAGCAAAUAGAUCGAUCCAGAUGGCGACUACUCGAUGAAUCAGGACGGCAUACCUGGCACUACCUCAGGACCGACAAAGAAGUUGCAGAAUGGCCACAGUCGGCCGCAGACAAAUAUUACCUGGGGUUGCCUACAGAUCUCCCUGACCUCCCUCCUGCCUCAAAACCAUCUGAAUCGAUAGACAACUGCUUGAGCUUCUAUUCACAACUGCAGCUCCCUCCCGGCAACUGGGCAUGUGAAUAUGGCGGGCCCCUCUUUCUGAUGCCUGGCAUCGUAUGCUGCUGGUACGCAACUGGGACACCCAUUCCGCAGGAGUAUAAAAUCGAAAUGAAAAACUACCUCUUCGCAAGACAAAACAAGGACGGCGGAUGGGGACUGCACGUCGAAGGUCACAGCUCAGUUUUCGGCACAGCCAUGAACUACACAGUUCUGCGAAUACUGGGAGCUAGCGAGGAAGAUCCAAGAAUGAUCAGGGCAAGAGGGAAACUUCACGCAAUGGGAGGGGCAACCAAUGGUCCUCACUGGGCCAAAUUCUGGCUCAGCGUUUUGGGAGUCACCCGCUGGGGGAUUGUCAACCCAGUUCCUCCUGAACUAUGGCUUUUGCCCGACUGGGUGCCGAUUUCUCCGUGGCGGUGGUGGGUUCACAUGCGUCAGGUGUUCCUCCCCAUGUCUUACAUCUGGUCCAAGAGAUUUACCGUGCCUGAGAACGACCUCAUUCGAUCGUUGAGACAGGAGCUGUUCGUUCAGCCAUACGAGUCCAUCGAUUUCGGGGCGCAUCGUAAUUCGAUUGCCGCCGAAGACAACUAUCAUCCAAAGUCCUGGCUCUUGAAUUUGAUCAUGUUGCUCCUGGUGUGGAUAUGGAUUCCCUUUCUCAGAACAAAAUCAAUCGCAGAGAAAGCUGAAGCUUGGGUUUGGCGACUUGUCCAAUAUGAAGACCACAAUACGGACUAUGCAGACCUUGCUCCUGUCAACGCCCCCAUGAACACACUCUGCUGCUUCAUCAAAGAUGGUCCUGACAGCUACUCGUUUAAAAGACACCUCUACCGCCUUGAGGAAUAUCUCUGGGUUAAUAAAGAAGGGAUGCUUGUCAAUGGGACUAAUGGCGUUCAGGUUUGGGACACAUCAUUCACCAUCCAAGCCUGUGUCGAGGCUGGCUUGGCCGACUCGCCGAAGUGGAAAACAAUGCUUACCAAAGGAUUGCAAUACCUGGAAUCUGAACAGAUCCGCGAAGAAGUCCCCGACCGGGAAGUCUGCUACCGCCAAUCACGCAAGGGCGCAUGGCCAUUCAGCACCAAACUGCAAGGCUACACCGUCUCCGACUGCACAAGCGAGGCACUCCGUGUUGUCCUUCUUCUCCAGAAUGGCCACGGCUACAAACCGUUGAUUGAUGAGUCUCGCAUUCGUGAUGCGGUUGACGUGCUUUUGACCAUGCAGAACAAACACACCGGUGGCUUUGCCAGCUACGAGCCUCAACGCGGUUCCGAGUACCUCGAAAUGCUCAAUGCGGCUGAAGUCUUCGGGCGAAUUAUGGUGGAGUAUGACUACCCCGAGUGUACCACCGCCGUGGUCACAGUCUUGUCGCUGUUUCAGAAAUUCUAUCCGGACUAUCGUACCGCUGAGAUAAAAGCGGUCAAGGAGUCGGCAUUGCAGUAUAUCCGUCGCGCUCAAAGAGACGACGGGUCUUGGUACGGCAGUUGGGGUAUCUGCUUUACCUAUGGAGCCAUGUUUGCCCUUGAAUCCUUGUCUUCAGUGGGCGAGACCUACUCCAAUUCGUCACGCGUCAAGAAAGCAUGCGAAUUCCUAAUCUCGCAUCAAAUGUCCGACGGCGGUUGGGGCGAGAGCUACCGUGCCUCGGAACUCAAGAUAUGGGUUGACCAUGAUCAAUCGCAGGUUGUGCAGACGUGCUGGGCCGUCAUUGCGCUGAUGUAUGCUGGAUACCCUGACCAAGAGCCGCUCAAAAGGGCGAUCAAAAUGGUCAUGGGUAGACAGCAAAAGAACGGGGAGUGGCUGCAGGAGGCCAUCGAAGGGGUGUUCAAUUGCAGCUGCAUGAUCACUUAUCCGAAUUACAAAUUUUACUUCCCUGUCAAGGCGAUGGGUAUGUAUAUAGCUAGGUGGGGGGACGAACAGUUACUCUGAGACUAGAGCGCACAAUUGUUUGUGCAGAGGUCAAGGAACUCGGACGAAUUUGUCCUGGAAACACAGCACAAAAGAUCGCAUUGACAAAGGCGUGGGGAACGAGGCCAGCUCGAUUUCUUGAGGGACAUCAGAAUCCAGGUCUUGUCUCGGUGGCCGUCACUCCCAUAACGGCAAAACUAAUGAUUGCUCAUCUCAUAAGUCCAAUGGCUAAAAGUCGCAGACGAAGGCGCUGCAUUUCAGGUUGAGGACAUCCUACGCAGAUGGCGUUGGAGGCGCCGUCAUUAGAGCUCAAGGAGAGUCUUAGGUUCUAUACCUGGAUCCGAGCUUCUAGAUACUUUUCCCACACGUCCUCGAUAUCGUUCUGGUAUAUCCACGGCAAUCCCUCUUCGCUCCCAAACGAUGCCAUCUUGAUCUUCAGAACAGACUCAAACGACUUGUCAAGAGCAUUGCUGAGCGCCUCUUUUGCCAUUC